AUGAGCGCUCUCGCGCAGCCUGAGGAUGCGGCGUCUGUCCUGGAACAGUUUACCCACGACAUCGCGAACAUCCCCGCAGAAAUCACACAUCUCAUGGAAGAGAUCCAAGCCAAAGACCUCCAGAUUCAGGCCUUCAAAGAUGAGAUCCAGAAGCGAGACGCCCAGCUUCAGAAGUGGGUCCGGAGCAACGGCGGCCAUGUCCAGAAUCCAAAGGAAGAAGCCUUUUCCAAGACCGUGAACGAUUGUUAUGAUAAGUGCGAGAUCCUGCAGGCGGAGAAAUUGGGUCUGUCCCAAAAGGCCCAGAUCGUGCUCGAUCGCCAGAUCAAGCGUCUCGACAUCGGCUUGAAGGGCCUCGCACAGACUGAACAGUUCCCAUCUGACUGGAUAGGUCCAAGCCUUCUUACACCUAGUGGCGUGGCCCCUCCAGCAGGUGUAGCAGCCGCAGCAAACCCGGGUCCUCUUCAAACUGUAUCCGGCAAUAUAGGCUCAACCGGCGGUGCCCCGAACUUCGCGAACGCCGCUCAACUCCGCCUUGCUCAAAAUGCCGCCGCCGGGGUCAGAGCUGCUGGUGGUACUGCCUCAGGUGCCACAACUCCAGUUGCCUCGGCGCGCUCUCAACGCGAGGGAAGUUCUGACGCGGGCAACAAACGUCGACGGCUGAAUCAGUCCAUUGGUGCACUCCCUGCUGCGAGCUCCCAUCUUCGUCAAUCUUCUCUUGGUCCAGGAACCCCCAAAGCAGGAACUCCAGUACCAGCUGCUGUUGCGGCCGUGGCGGGAAAUUCUUCCAGAGCAGGCUCCGCACAGCCUACUCGUCCUGCAAACCACAAAAAGGCCGCCCAGUCCAUGAACGCAAUAAGCGCAUCCACUCCGACAGCCAGUGGAGGAGGAUCUUCUCGCCCCAAGGCUCCACCCCCUUCCAACAAAACCAAAUCGCGGUCGCGCCCGAAGAAGAGUUCACAACGCCACCGCCAACUUGCUCGCGACCGCAACAACACCCCCUCUUCUCAUGACAGUGACGCCGAAUCAGAACUCUCCUCUUCUCUGGUCGCUGGCGGAGUGGAUGUGGAAGAUGAAGAGGGCGAAGAUACGACCAUAUACUGUAUCUGUCAAAAGGUCUCAUUUGGGGAUAUGGUGGGUUGUGACAACGACAACUGUCCUUUCCAAUGGUUCCAUUACAAAUGUGUUGGUGUUACCGAAGAGCCGAGUGGAGAGUGGUUGUGUCCGCAGUGUAGACUUUUGCCGAGGAACAAGAUCAGAAAGACGUAGCAUGUUGGUUGGCAAGAACAUAUUCUUGAAGGCAGGCAGAGAGGUAGAGCCAGAUUGAGGGCCACCUGAAGGGAGCUGGUUGGUCGUCGGAAAAGACAGUCUCGGGUGCUGGCUUUGUGCCCAUUUGGCCUGCGAUUGACAUGGUUGGACAGUCAGACAAAUAGCGUCUUGUAUGCCACGUAUUGGUGUUCAUCCAGGACGUCCAGCUCGCCUGGCGUCCUUCAGAGCUUCUCGUCGUUCCUCGACGAAUCCUG